AUGUGCAUUUGUUUUAUAUAUUUAAAUAAUAAUAUUGAUGAUGGGUCAUCUUCAUCGCCAUCCUCAUCAACUGCCGACUACCAACUGGUUGUGAUCAACAACAGAGAUGAAUAUUAUGAAAGGCCAACAAAGCCAGCAUCACUCUGGAACGGGUCUUGUAUAAGUGGACUUGACCAGCAGGCCAAUCGAGAAAAUGGCACCUGGUUAGGUGUGAAUACAAUCGAUGGUAAGGUGGGCAUUUUGCUAAACAUUCUACAGCCAAACUGUGAUAGUACUAAGAAGGGGAGAGGGUUCUUGGUGACCGAUUUUAUAUCAGGAAAUGAGGAUGUCAUUGAUUAUGCCGAUAGGAUCGCUAAAGAGAAGCACGAAUAUAACAAAUUUAACUUGGUUCUCUUGCAAAAAAAAAAUAACAAGUGGCACGUCUUAAUGGUCAGCACAGAGAGUAACGAAUUGAAGGGAGAAACCCUCGAUCAAAAUAUCUUAGCGUUUGGGAAUUCGGCAUAUGAACGACCUUGGUUGAAGGUCAAAGAGAGUAAAGUAAAAUUUGAAGAAAUCAUCAAGAGUCACAGGAAGAACAAUGACAUCAGCGACGAAGGUGACAAUAAACUGAAAGAUGAGAUGCUGAAAUUGUUGACUGAUAAGACUAAACACUGGCCUGACUGCCAGAUACUAUCUCAAUUAAACCUCACUGGCAAAUCUCAUCAACAACAAAAACAACAACAACAUCAUUGUCAACAAAAACAAGAACAUGACGCGAAAAUGUAUGCAUUUGGUAAAAAACUGAGUUCUAAUUUUGUAGAAGUUGCAGAAACAAAAUAUGGGACUAGAACUCACAGUUUGAUUUUGAUUGACAAAGUUGGUAAAGGUGAAUACAUUGAGGUCGAUAUGAGGGCAACAUCAACGACUACUGCAGCUGCUGUCGCUACUACUACAGCAGCUGCAGCUACGACAGCUGAAGCUACUGAAGCAGCAGUGUCUCCGUCAUGGGUCCAAAAUGUUAUAAAAUUUCAAUUCCCAUCUUUGUCGUCGCAAUGA